GCUUACGAUUGCCUACAUCAAUAAAUUUGUCUUGGAAACUGUCAAGGAACUAUUCGUGUGAGGGGGUGAAAGGUGUGUUUGUGUUUAUAUUUACAGAGUGUCAAGGUUAUAAACACAAGAAGUAAAAUAUUAUCGUCAUGGCUGAUAAUGCCUUUCACCUGAAAUGGAAUAAUCAUCUUCAGAAUAUGUACUCCCAAUUAGAAACACUUUACAGUCACCAGAGUUUAGUGGAUGUGUCAAUAUCUUGCACAGAUGGUAUAUUGAAGGCCCACAGAAUAGUUUUAUCUGCAUGCAGCCCCUACUUUGAAUCCAUCUUUAGAGACAAUUAUUGCAAACAUCCAGUGAUAAUUCUGAAAGGAGUUACUUCACGAGAAAUGCAGGCACUUCUUAAAUUCAUGUAUAAAGGCUCAGUUGAAGUACUAGAUGCAGAUAUACAGUCCUUUAUGUAUACUGCCAAUGAACUUAAAAUACGGGGACUUGCAGAUGAAUUACUUAAAGAGACCAUUAGAUUAGUAGCUGAAAAAGGUGGUGCUGAAGAACAUGCAGACAAAAAGGAUUGUAUGGAUGUAGAAAAUUCUGGACAUGGAGAUAGGUCCACUGUUGAUGGUGUUAAGAGUACUGAUUUAAGAACAGCAGGUAUUACAGAAGAUCAGAAAGAGGAAUGCAAUAAGAGUGUCCCCCACGAGCAGUGUGAAAGUGUUAAAAAAAACGUAGACCAGUCUUCAGAAUCUCAGAGUACUGGAAUCUCUUCCAAAAAGCAGGAAACUCAUGCAGUUACAGAACCCUCUUUGGAACCCAGUUCUCCUGAAACUACCUCUUUGAAGGUAGUGCCUCCUCCGGUAGCUAUGCCAUAUGCUCGUGAAACAAGAUUUAAGGGUCGGAAAAGAGUUUCUGUUGGAUUCCGUCCCAGUAAUAGAAUUAAGAGCACUGAAAAACGAGAGAGUGGAAACAAAUCAUUGUCUAGUGAAAAUAAUGUUAAGAAGAUGAGAGGCAUAACCAAAGAUGUGUCACUUUCAGAAGUACAAAAGACAGGCAAGAGACCAGGUAUUCCAUUGGAGAAUGGAAAACAGACUGAGAGAGAAAGUACAGUUAAGAAUUUUAAAAGGGACACAAAUCCAGAGGUGAUAACUCCUGAUAGUAUUGAAAUAAAGGAAGAAGUUCAAGAGAUGGACAUGUUCUGCAUAUCAGCGCUAGCUGAACGGAAUGCAAGCCCUGACCCUGAUGAUGCAGAAGAUGAUGGUGGUGACAAUACUGAAGCAUAUGACAUAAAAGAAGAGUGGAAUACUGAUACAGUAUGUGCCUUCUGUUGUCUUGAUUGCCACACAUCCACAGAUCUCAAGAAACAUCUUCGUGCUCACACAGGAGAGAAGCCCCAUGAGUGUGACCUUUGUGAGCUUGCAUUUGCACGUGCUUCUCACCUUGCACGCCAUCGUCGUGUGCAUACGGGUGAACGCCCCUUCACAUGCAGUGGUUGUGGUCGCACAUUCUCUCGUCAAGACAAGCUAAAGCAGCAUGCCCGUCGCCAUCAUGCAGCAGAACCUGCAAAGGUUCUUCGCAUGGAAAAACCACGCAGGCCAAGAGGCAGACCACCAAAGAUGGUGGUUGUGCCACGAAACUCAACAGUUGACCGAAGAAAUAUUUCUGACUUUACACCAGGCCCAACAGAUACCAGCAAUGCUUCUUUGCCAUUUGGUGAUACAAGUUAUCUGUCUUCAUUGUCCUUGGGUCAGCAACGGUACAACGACCUGACUAUCAGCCCCAUCAUUGAUCCUGGCCCUUCAAGCAGUCGCUCUGUAGGAACAAGUCACAAUAUGGCUGAGGAUUUACUCCAGUCAGUAAGACAGCUUGGUGAAUGCACAAUACAAGCUUUUCCAGGUCAAGCUCCAUUAAGGACCAGAGUAGAAUGACAGUUAUCACAUGACAAGGACAA